AUGUUGACUAAAAAUAUUUUUAUUCGUCCUCCUGCUGGUGGAUUUGUUGUAAAUCUUCCUAAAUUAAAGAAACUACAAUUAUCUGGAUAUUGGGAUGAUGCGUUGGCUACAAUUAUUAGGGGUUGUCCAAUAUUGGAAGAUUUAAAUCUGGUGAUCACGUCUCACGGUAAUUGCUAUAUGUUUGUUCAUUUGUUGGAUUUAUCGGCUCAUUACAUCAAGAAACUGGUUAUUAUUAGAGCGUAUGACUAUAACGUUAUUCCAACCUACCAACUUGUAGUUAAUCUGUCAAAGCUAGAAGAAAUGACAUUACAUAUUCCUUUUGGUUUAGCGAAUAUUCGUUUUGUUGGGUAUUCUAGUGCAGAAUUUAGAUUUCCUAAGAAAAUUAAUUACCUGAGUCGUAUAGCAGGACUUGCGCAGUUGAUUUCUGAAGUAAGAUCCCUUAAAAUAGAUAACUAUGCUUUGGAGGCUGUUUGUAGUUUAGAAAAUGAAGUUGUUCUUGGGAUGUAUUAUGAUUAUUGUGAGAUACCUAGUUGUAGAUGGAGUUGGAAUGAUGUGGUGCUUUUACUACAAUGCUGUCCCUCUUUAGAGGUGCUCAAAGUAGAAAUAUCGAGAUACUUAACAAAAAGGGAUGCACUCGAGCAUUGGCCUUCUUGUUGCAGCCCUUGCUGGAGUCGAUUAAAGAGGAUCAAGAUAAGAUAUAUUAGUGAGAGUGAUGCUGAUUUUGAGAUGAUAAAGUACAUUUUGAAUUGCGGAAAAGUGUUGGAAUUGCUAUCGGUUCAUGUUUCUAUACGAGGUAAAAAGGCAAAAGUCUCAAGGCAAGAAGAUGUGUUGUGUGAAAAAUUCUUUCGCCUUCAUAAUCCCUCAGGUUGUGAGAUCAAAUUCUGUGGUCAAUAUGUCUCCUCUUCAAGUAAGGACUUCAUUCCUUGUCGUCGAAGUGUUCGCUUGCACCUUGGCUAA